AUGUACACGUUUGUUGUGGAUUUGUGAAAAUAAUCUACAGUACGAAUUUGGUUUGAAUACUUAUAUCGGCGAUUUCUGAUAACAACGAUUAGUAGCUAGAUUAUUUUAAUAGCAUUGUGUUUUCAGGCGUGGUAGUGAAGUGAAACAAGAUAAUGAAUAUUUACUAAUCAUAGUAAAGUUAACAACAUACUUAUAGCAACAUGGAUAACUUGAGAACAACAUACUUGGUUGUUGGUGGUGGAAUUGCUGGUGUUACUUGCGUGGAAACCCUUGCCAUACUUCAUCCUGAAGCAUCACUUGUAAUCAUUACAGCGUCAUCACUUGUGAAAAACGUAAGCAACGUGAGUUUCUAUGCUAAAACUAUUGUGAAAUUUGAUGUCAAUGAAACCGAAGCCAAUUCAUUGAAGAAAAUACAUCCGAAACUGGAAAUAGUGUAUGAUUCAUUGAAGCAUAUAGAUACUAAAAAUAAGUUGGCCACUACCGAAUGUGGAACUGUUGUGCAAUAUGAAGUAAUUUGUGUAUGCACUGGUGGGAUACCAAAACUUAUAUCAGAUUCAAAGAAAUCAAAACGAAUUUUGGGUAUAAGAGAUACAGAGUCUGUCCAGGAAUUUCAAAAGAGAUUGCAAUCUGGUAGAAAAAUGGUUAUUGUUGGAAAUGGUGGUAUUGCAUCAGAAAUUGUUCAUGCAACUCAUGGAAUUCAGAAAGUUUGGGUGAUAAGAGAUGACUACAUUUCAGCUACAUUCUUAGACCCAGGUGCAGCUGAAUUUUUCCAAGAUACUUUCAAAAACAAACCUACAGAAGAAGAGAAUCCUAAGAAAACAAUUUUAAGACGGCAUGUUUUUUCUGAGGAGGAUACUGUAGUUGCCCUAAAUAAAGAUUUAAAAUCAGCAGCGCUGGGCCCUGACUGGUAUAGAAAACUAGAGAGCAUAAGAAAUGAAAGUGGUGAACAAGAAUUGGAAAUCAUAUAUAAAGUUGAAAUUAAAUCUGUAGUAGAAGUCAAAGAUAAGGAAUACCCUUUAGAAGUUGAACUUUCUAAUGGUAGAACAGUAACUUGUGACUUUGUUGUGUCUGCUACUGGAGUAGAACCUACUGUAAACUUCAAAUGGGAUAAGGCACCUAAAACAGGUCCAGAUGGAGGACUAGCUGUAGAUGAAUAUCAAGAAACUUCCAUCAGAGAUGUGUUUGCUGCUGGAGAUGUUGCUCAUGCUGCCUGGAGACAUUCCCCACAUUGGUUCCAGUUGAGGUUGUGGACACAAGCACGCCACAUGGCUGCUAUGGCAGCCAAAGCCAUGUAUGCCCGGAUAACCAAUGAGCAAGUACUACAGGACUUUUGCUUUGAACUCUUUACUCAUUGCACAACCCUCUUCGGAUACAGAGUGAUAUUAUUAGGAAAAUACAAUGGCCAAGGCUUGGGAAAUGCUUAUGAAAUCUUACUUCGCACAACACCCCGUCAUGAAUACAUAAAAUUUGUAUUACAGAAUGGCCGUUUGCAAGGUGCAAUACUUAUAGGGGAAACUGAUUUGGAGGAAAUGUGUGAGAAUUUAAUAUUAGAUCAGAUUGAUUUGACACCAUUUGGUGAUGAUAUUUUAAAUCCAGAUAUUGAUAUUGAUGAUUAUUUUGAUUAACAUAUAAUUUGUUAUUGGAUAACACUAAAAUAAUGUUUUAUAUACCUACCAUCAUGAAACUAGACGUUAAGUAGUAAUUCAAAAACAGUGUUGUUACCAUUACAGUUAAAUGAUUCAUUUAUUUAUGUAAUUAAUUUAUGUGAGAAUUAUGUUAAAAUUUUGAAUUAUACAAUAAUUAUAAAUUA